AUACACACUCUUUCCGAUCGCUCGGUCCCGAUUCAUUCAGAUCCAUCGUCGUCAGUGAGGAGAGGCCACUUCAUCCAUUCACACACUAGUGCAACUUACCUGCAGACCUAUCAACAUGACGCAUCAGUUUCCAGCUCUCUCUACAGAGCAGAAGAAGGAGCUUAGCACAAUUGCCCAGCGCAUUGUGGCACCUGGAAAAGGCAUCUUGGCUGCAGAUGAGUCCACCGGCACCAUGGGGAACCGUUUUCAGAAGAUAAACGUGGAGAACACUGAAGAGAACCGUCGUAGCUAUCGCGACCUCCUCUUCUCUGUAGACGCUUCUAUCUCUGAAAAUAUUGGUGGUGUCAUCUUUUUCCAUGAAACACUGUACCAGAAAUCAGACAAAGGAGUUCUGUUUCCAAAAGUCGUCAAGGACAAGGGCAUCGUAGUUGGUAUCAAGGUGGACAAAGGCACAGCAGGCCUGGGUGGAACAAAUGGAGAGACAACCACACAGGGGUUGGAUGGUCUGUCUGAACGCUGUGCCCAGUACAAGAAGGAUGGUGCUGACUUUGCCAAGUGGCGUUGUGUACUUAAGAUCUCUGACAGCUGCCCCUCUGCUCUCGCAAUAGCUGAAAACGCUAACGUUCUUGCCAGAUAUGCCAGCAUUUGCCAACAGAAUGGCUUGGUUCCCAUUGUAGAGCCUGAGAUCCUCCCAGACGGAGAUCAUGAUCUGCAACGGUGUCAGUACGCCACUGAGAAGGUCCUGGCGGCUGUGUACAAGGCUCUCUCUGACCACCACGUGUAUCUGGAGGGAACUCUGCUCAAACCAAACAUGGUCACUGCUGGACACGCCUGCACCAAGAAGUACACCCCUCUGGAGGUUGCCAUGGCAACAGUCACUGCUCUCAGACGCACUGUCCCAGCUGCUGUGCCAGGCAUCUGCUUCCUCUCUGGUGGUCAAAGUGAGGAGGAGGCCUCUGUGAAUCUGAAUGCCAUGAACCAGCUUCCCCUGAACAGACCCUGGAAGCUGAGCUUCUCUUAUGGCCGUGCUCUCCAGGCCUCGGCUCUUUCUGCAUGGAAGGGACAAGCGGCGAACAAGAAGGCUGGACAGGAUGCCUUCAUCACACGUGCCAAGAUCAAUAGUCUUGCAUCAAAAGGCGAAUACAAGCCCUCAGGCCAGGCUGACCAAGCAUCUAAACAGUCCCUCUUUACCGCCAGCUAUGUCUACUAAACUCAACAACAAACA